CUGAGGCUGGAGCAGGACUCUUGCAGCAUGAGAGUUUUCUGAAGGGAUUAAAGCAAAGAAAAAUGAGGAUUAUUAUUUUUUCCUGGCACUUUCUCGGGCUGUUUUCCGCCCUGUGGGGGCUGGCGACGGGGGCUUUCCCCAGCUCGGUGCAGAUAGGUGGGUUGUUCAUUAGGAAUACUGAUCAGGAGUAUACAGCGUUUCGACUCGCCAUCUUCCUUCACAACACCAGCCCCAAUGCUACGGAAGCUCCCUUUAACCUGGUCCCGCACGUCGACAAUAUAGAAACGGCCAACAGCUUUGCUGUCACCAAUGCAUUCUGUUCCCAGUAUUCAAGGGGGGUCUUUGCCAUCUUCGGCCUUUACGACAAGCGCUCAGUGAACACGCUGACAUCGUUCUGUGGGGCCCUGCACAUCAGCCUUGUGACGCCCAGCUUCCCCACCGAAGGAGAGGGCCAGUUCACCUUGCAGCUCCGGCCGUCCAUCAGAGGGGCUCUGCUGUCACUGCUGGACCACUAUGACUGGAGCCGAUUUGUCUUCCUCUACGACACAGACAGAGGUUAUGCAAUACUGCAGGCAAUUAUGGAGAGAGCGGGUCAGAACGGAUGGCAGGUGAGCGCUAUCUGUGUGGAGAGUUUCAAUGAAGCAGCAUAUCGGCGACUUUUAGAAGACUUGGACCGUCGCCAGGAGAGGAAAUAUGUCAUUGACCUGGAGCCUGAGAGAUUACAGAGCAUCCUCGAACAGGCUGUCAGUGUUGGGAAACAUGUAAAAGGUUACCAUUACAUCAUAGCAAACCUGGGUUUUAAAGACAUAUCUCUGGAGAGGUUUAUGCACGGUGGCGCAAAUGUGACUGGUUUCCAGCUGGUGGACUUCAGCAGAGCUAUCGUUAUUAAACUAAUGCAGCGCUGGAACAAACUGGACCAGAGAGAAUACCCUGGAUCUGAAAGCCCACCUAAGUAUACCUCAUCUCUAACUUAUGAUGGCGUCCUUGUGAUGGCCGAGGCCUUCCGCACCCUUCGCCGUCAGAAAAUUGAUAUCAGCCGUCGUGGCAACGCUGGGGACUGCUUGGCCAAUCCAGCUGCUCCCUGGAACCAAGGGAUAGACAUGGAGCGUGCUCUCAAGCAGGUGCGCAUUCAGGGUCUGACGGGAAAUAUUCAGUUUGAUCACUUCGGUCGGAGGGUCAACUACACCAUGGACGUGUUUGAACUGAAGAGCAACGGGCCACGUAAGAUUGGCUACUGGAAUGACAUAGACAAACUUGUGCUGGUCCAGACCGAAAACACUCUCUCCAAUGACAGCUCAUCCAUGGAGAACAGAACAGUAGUCGUGACAACCAUCAUGGAGGGUCCCUAUGUGAUGCUGAAGAAGAACUGGGAACUUUAUGAGGGAAACGACCAGUUUGAGGGUUACUGUGUGGACCUGGCUUCAGAGAUCGCCAAACACAUCGGAAUCAAGUACAAGAUCUCCAUCGUACCAGAUGGCAAAUAUGGAGCCAGAGAUCCAGAGACGAAGAUAUGGAAUGGCAUGGUGGGAGAACUUGUGUAUGGGAAAGCAGAAAUUGCUGUGGCCCCGCUGACCAUCACUCUGGUGAGAGAGGAGGUGAUCGACUUCUCGAAGCCCUUCAUGUCUUUGGGAAUAUCAAUCAUGAUCAAAAAGCCCCAGAAGUCCAAACCAGGCGUUUUCUCUUUCCUGGACCCGUUGGCCUACGAGAUCUGGAUGUGCAUAGUGUUCGCUUACAUCGGAGUCAGUGUGGUGCUGUUUUUGGUGAGUCGCUUCAGUCCUUAUGAGUGGCAUGCGGAGGAGCCAGAGGAGGGCACAACAGAGCAGGGCCCCACCGAUCAACCCCCCAAUGAGUUUGGCAUCUUCAACUCUCUCUGGUUCUCCCUGGGAGCCUUCAUGCAACAGGGCUGCGACAUCUCGCCACGGUCCCUGUCUGGACGUAUAGUUGGAGGUGUGUGGUGGUUCUUCACCCUUAUCAUCAUCUCCUCUUAUACAGCCAACCUGGCUGCCUUCCUCACUGUGGAGAGGAUGGUGUCACCCAUAGAGAGCGCAGAGGACUUGGCCAAACAAACAGAAAUAGCCUAUGGGACGCUGGACUCAGGCUCUACGAAGGAGUUCUUUAGGAGGUCCAAAAUAGCCGUAUAUGAAAAGAUGUGGUCGUAUAUGAAGUCUGCUGAACCAACUGUAUUCACCAAAACUACAGCAGAGGGCGUGGCAAGGGUGCGCAAAUCCAAGGGGAAGUACGCCUUCCUCCUGGAGUCCACCAUGAACGAAUACACGGAGCAGCGCAAGCCCUGCGACACCAUGAAAGUCGGGGGGAACCUGGAUUCCAAAGGAUAUGGGAUUGCAACACCGAAAGGCUCACAGUUAAGAAACGCGGUCAACCUGGCCGUUCUAAAGCUCAACGAGCAGGGCCUGUUGGACAAAUUGAAAAACAAGUGGUGGUAUGACAAAGGAGAAUGUGGCAGCGGGGGAGGGGAUUCCAAGGACAAGUCAUCCCAGGCCCUGAGCCUGUCCAAUGUGGCUGGGGUCUUCUACAUCCUUGUGGGCGGCCUGGGCCUGGCAAUGCUGGUGGCCCUGGUCGAGUUCUGCUACAAGUCCCGGGCUGAAGCCAAGCGCAUGAAGUUGUCCUUUUCUGAAGCCAUGCGGAACAAGGCCCGUCUGUCCAUCACAGGAAGCGUGGGGGAGAAUGGUCGCGUCUUGACGCCAGACUGCCCCAAAGCCGUGCAUGCUGGCCACGCCCCCUUCCGACACCCAGGCCUUGCAGUGGUCUCCUCUGGACUGCCCUGAAAACCAAAAACACCUGCCGUGCCUUAAUGACACACCAACAUACAGACUGGGACAACAACACACAGAUACACACACAUACACACAGACACAUGCAUACAUAGAUACAUACACACAUAUCAUUAUCAUGCAUUAAAAAACACAUAAAUAAGACAAAACAGUUUCAGAUACUUAAAUGCAAAUACUCAGAUAAACACUGAACACACACACACUGCGCAUAACCAUCUCACUCUCCUGCUGCCAUUGACUUCUUUUACAAGAGACAAGUGAAGUACAGCUCUGGAGAGAACAAUGAAGAAAAAAGGAAAACAAAUGACAUCUAUGACUAUCACACUUGCCUGCAGCAGUCAUUCGAUUAUUUUGGGAGAGGAAACCAUCCUGAUAUCAUCAAAGCGACAGGAAGCCAGCACAGACUGACUUGAAAUGAACUGUGAACUGUGAACAUGACCACAAACCUGAUCAUGAUGAUGAUAGUGAUAAAGAUGACGAUCACAGCUGACGGUAUGAAAAAAAAAACAACCCACAACCAAACAACUCUUCUCCUGCUCUGUCGUCAUUAGACGAUGUUGGCCAGUAAGCCACAACCCCUCUUGACAACGCCUUACUAAGACUACAUUUUCAUCAUCAUCGUCAUCAUGGUCAUCUUAACUUGCCUGCAGAGACUGAGUGCCAGGUUUUAUCACCCUUAGAAGACCAGAAAACUGUAACCUUGAACGUUCGGACUGUGCAAACCCACUACUUUUUGCCAUGGACUGUUCAAAUUGAAUGAAAAUGCUUUCUUACUACUAGCAUCUAGAAUGAUUUCUCACCCCGUUCUGGUGAGAUUAUCAUGCCAGUAUAGAACAGAAGUAACCUCCAAACACGUACAUGCGGCUGAUCUCAGCGGCAGAAUUCGCAGGGGUUUGUAAAAGAAAAAAAACACUGUAAUGAUUAAAGAAGUCCUUCAUCAACAGCAUCUUCAUGACAGUAGAAAUGCUAGAUAGCAUAGAGGUAAAGGAGAGGUAUAAACUGUAUAUUCAGCGAUGGAAAGAAAAAAUUGAAACACAGGAAAAUCUCACAUGACUCCCUAACGAUGUGCUUCUCAAGCUAAAACUAGAACCUUACAAAGGUUUGCAAAGUGAUUAAUUGAGGAAGUAAUUGUGUUUGGGAGAAAAAAAAAAACGUUAAACAGUGGAAACAAAUUGUCGGCUUUAGUGAUUUUUCCAAGUAGCUAGAAACUGAAAAAGGCAGAUCAAAGUUCUUUCACUGAGUUAAGCUAUUUAUUUAAAGGUCAUAACAACAUUGAGAGUCUAUACUAUGUGCGCUUCACUCUACUUGAAUUAUGACGAUCUAUAGUUACUAUUUUGAAUUGCUCUAUAAGUAAUGGCAGUGUGGUUGUCAUCUGAGAUCUUCAGUGUUUUUUCCAGCGGCCAGGGAAAGGUAUCAUAUCAGAAAGCUUGCUUUUUAAAACUGUUGUAAAUAACUGCGUAGCAAAACAGAACUCACCUGUCUUUUUUAAUCAUCUUAGAUAACAAUUCAUUGCAAUAAUGAAUCUAAAAGAAAAUGCCACUACUUGUAAUUAAGAUCAGAUCUUUUUUAUGAAUCUACAUAUUAUAUAUAAUACAAAUGAAUAUAUAUCUAUACGUCUAUAGAGAGCUAUAGAAGACAUUGAUCACAGAUUGUCAGAGGCCAUGGCAUACAUUCUGUUAUAUGGCUGUUUUUUUGAUAACUUGAGACUAUUAAAAUGCCACUGUCUAUGUGCGUCCUACACUGAAUGUCCAUCUGGCACUCACAUGGACACACACGUACAGUAGAAACGCACGCACACACAUUGUUGCAUACACAGGGUCAGCUCAGAGUGAUCACUCCAUCACCAUGAGAGGUUCGGGCAACUUUUAUUUCUGCCUGUUUGUCUGUUUUCACAAGUAGUUCUUCACUGUUUUCCAUUGUCUAACAGUUGUUUUCACCCCUGUAGUCUUCUGUUGGUGGGCUGUAAAUGUCCCUGAAACAGCAUGCAGAUUCCAGCGUGCAAUACUGGAGCACUGUAUACUUUCUGGCCGGCCUCCGGACAGAAGGGGUCAUAAUGGUUUCAGUGCAGUAUGAAAACAGAGCUGUCUGACAUUUGGAGAGUGUAGCGUUUGUGUUGAAUUUUCACAUCGCCUCAGUGCUUUUUGUUAUUUGUCUCACCAGAUGCGAGUCAGCUACAGAUCAAAAUCCCACAUGAUAGAAAGCUACAGUUUGAGGAUUGGAGCUACAGAUUGAGAUCAAAACUGAGCUAGGUUUGCACUUUUUGUGGAUCUGUUAAAUUCUAAAAAUUUGUAUGAAACCAUAUGGCAGUCUGUUUCGGCUCAUCCACUUGCUGCCAGCCUUAGGUCGAGGAAAUAUACUCGCAUUUGUACCUGAGGAACAAUUAAGAGAAGAAAAACUGUAUUUUUAUGGACAUGGGUGCAAUUUUGCUUCUUUUGUUGCAAUACAAUUGAGCAUGCUGGUGAAACAUAGAGAUUGUGCCAUAUUACAUAUAGGGAGUAAUACUUCCUCAUUGUCUUUGUUAAUUAUUAUUAUUCUGCUUUUAUUGUGUCCUACCUCCCAUCUCUGGAAUCUUCCUUGCUUCUUUUCUCAUCUAGUCUUACGUCUUUUGCUUCCUCCUGACUCUGUCUCCCUUCCUGUACCCUCUGUAAGACAGAACGAUCUGUAUAAAGUGCAUUUCAGCAAUGACAAAUUACUUUCUGCCCUGUUACACUGCAAAAUAAUGGGAUAGAGAUGAAUUCAAGACCCAAGACACCAACUGACAAUCUGAGUUUUAUCUGGUUCUUUGUUUGGAACAUUGCAAACCUUUUACUUUGUAACCUUUCACAUUUCGCCAAAAAGAGAAAAAAAACACACACCGAAGAACUUCAACUUCUUACAUAAACUCACACACAUACAUCUUCAUGUGUCAGUCCUGCAUCAUGUGUUAAAGUCACAUCCAUGAAAGGUAAUGGCUGAAUAGAAUAAGGUAGACAGUUUCUCCCGCUCAGCCCAAGGGAUCAGUGCAGCAGCACUGCAGCAUCCAGCACCAGAGACAAAGUGAAAAUGGUGAAUUUCUAGAGUGAACGCAUUUAUGUAAUGACGGGUAACACUGAUCUCUCUAUCACGACACCAGACACACCUGGCAGUUAUACCAAACAUAAAACUGUUGUGUUUAUUUAUUUGCCACCUCCAGAACAUUAGAUUUCAUGCAUCGACAGCAAAAAGCUGACCGCCGGGCUGUCAACACUCUGGCUUUCACACACACUGUUUCUUUGCGUCUUUAUUUCUGUCUUUCCAUUUGGUUUCUUUUUCUAGUAAAACAUCAAUGCUGAA